GUGAAAUACUAUUUGUUGCAGCAACUACCACUUUAGAUGACGAAACAACAACUUUAGAUGAAGCCACAACGGUGGUAAUUACUUUCGUGGAAGAAUUUUCAGUGGUAGUAAUUAAUAAUGUGGCGGAAGUGGCCAAAGUGGAUGUAAAAUAUUUUAUAGAGGUGAUGGAACUGGGUGCAAUAUUAACAGAAUUUGGCUUUCCCUGCGAAGUAG